UCCUUAUAUAAACGUUUCAAUCCCACUUCAACAUACUCACAAAACAACCGCUUCCUUGUAUCUAUUUCUUACUCUUUGUGUUUUCAUUACCACAAAAUGAGCUGCAUUCAGAGUUGGCCUGAACCUGUUGUUAGAGUCCAAUCUUUAUCUGAAAGUGGCAUAACUUCAAUUCCAGAGAAAUACAUCAAACCCAUCCUUCACAGGCCUAUAGUGAACACUACAGAGUUUGAUCCUUAUGUCAACAUUCCCGUCAUUGAUCUCCAAAACAUAUUCAGUGACGACCAAACCCUCCGUAACGACACUCUAAGUCGCAUCUCAAGCGCAUGUCGUGACUGGGGUUUCUUUCAAAUUGUUAACCAUGGAGUUAGCCAUGAGCUUAUGAAAAACAUGCGAGAGGUGUGGCGUGAAUUCUUCAAACUCCCGCUUGAGAUUAAGCAAGAAUACGCCAACUCGCCUGAUACUUAUGAGGGUUAUGGGAGUCGUUUGGGAGUUGAAAAAGGAGCUAAACUUGAUUGGAGUGAUUAUUUCUUUCUUAAUUUUAUGCCUAUGAACCUCAGAAACCCCAGCAAUUGGCCUAAGCUGCCAACUUCCUGCAGGGAAUUCGUAGCUGAAUAUGGAGAUGAAGUGGUAAAAUUAUGUGGAAUACUAAUGAAGGUUCUAUCUGUAAAUCUUGGACUGGAAGGAGAUGAACUUCAAAAUGCAUUUGGUGGAGAGGAAAUUGGUGGAUGUUUAAGGGUCAACUUUUACCCAAAAUGUCCACAGCCGGACCUUACUCUUGGUCUCUCUCCACACUCAGACCCCGGUGGCAUGACCCUUCUCUUGCCUGAUGAAAACGUUGCAGGACUUCAAGUCCGAAAAGACGAUAACUGGAUCACAGUUAAGCCCGUUUCUAAUGCCUUCAUUGUCAACAUUGGAGAUCAAAUUCAGGUGCUUAGCAAUGCAAUUUACAAGAGCGUGGAGCACCGAGUGAUUGUGAAUUCAGGGAAAGAACGUGUGUCAUUGGCUUUCUUCUAUAAUCCAAAGAGUGAUAAAUUGAUUCAACCGAUGAAGGAGUUGGUGACAGAAAACCGACCACCCUUUUAUCAAGCGAUGACUUUUAAUGAAUAUAGACUUUAUAUACGGACGAAAGGUCCAUGUGGCAAGGCACAAGUUGAUUCCUUAAAAUCCAACAGAUGAUCAUAAUCAUCAUCAACUUAUAUAUAUAUAUAUACACACCUCAAAAAAGUUAGUAACCAUCAUGAAAUUAUUGUGAGUUUACAUUGAAAACUUGAGGAAAUGAUGAGCACAUGAAUCCCAUAUCAUGUAACUUUCAUUUCCCUUUUGCUUUUGGUUUACAUGCUCAUCUUGUUCCACUUGAGAGGAAAUUAAAUAAAUAUUGAAUUUCAGUAAUAAUAUUUUGUAUGGUGAAGCUUGUUCCAUAUAUAAACGAGAAGUUUGUUCAA